CAGCGCGGAAGGUUUUCUCGGUUGUGAGGAGUUCUCGGGUCUCCCCCGGCACAUACACACGGAUAGGAUCCCUAUGCGGCCGAUGCAAUGAACUGGAGAGAAUGAGAAACGUGCGAAUAUCCACAGAAGCGUUAAUGUAGUUGUAUAUUAACAAACGUGCGCAGUGCUGAUGUUUUACAACACUUAUCUGUCGCUUUAUAAGUUUGAAUAGGAGAGAAAGCAAGCCAGGUUAGUGAGCUGCUAUUCGGACUGGUAACUAACGUUAAAAGGCAAAUGUUCAGCGACAGCUAGCCAACAACUGGAAUAGGGACAUAAGCGUGGCUCUACACAAAAGGACUCAGACUUGAGUGAACGACUGUGCGAAAAGUGAGCCAUGCCAUCAGUGAUGGAGCGAUCAGGGUCUGGUGUGCUGUCCCGCAGCAGGGCCAAAACAGUCACAAACGGGAACAGCCAGCACUCUGAGGAAGAGAGCAGUGAUGAGGAACACACACGUGACAGUAUGAUCCGCGUUGGUGGGGACUACCAGGCACAGAUCCCAGAGUUCAAACCAGACUGUGCAUCCCGCUACAGUGAAAAUGACCAGAGGAGCAUGCUGGUCUGGUCACCAAAUAGCCAAGUGUCCAAUGCCAUGUUGGAUGAAUAUAUUCUGAUGGCCAAAGAGAAGCACGGCUACAACAUGGAACAGGCUCUUGGCAUGCUUCUGUGGCACAAGCAUGAUGUGGAGAAGUCACUAGCUGACCUAGCAAACUUCACUCCCUUUCCUGAUGAGUGGACACUGGAAGACAAAGUUCUGUUCGAACAGGCUUUCAGCUUUCAUGGCAAGAGCUUCCAUCGCAUCCAACAGAUGCUUCCAGACAAACUAAUCUCAAGCCUGGUGAAAUACUACUACUCUUGGAAGAAAACCAGAACCCGGACCAGCGUCAUGGACCGCCAAGCACGCAAGCUCCUUAGCAAGAGAGAAAAGGAUGAAAGUAACGAUGAGAUGGAGGGAGGAGAUCCAGGCAGUGACAGUGAUUUUGAGAUCAACGGCAAGAAAGAGACAACGAAGCAGAACUCUGGGAAUGUAGGAGGGAGUGAUAAAGGUUCAAGCAAGUCUGGUCCGACUCGGAAAGAGAACCAGGGUGCGCAGUACCGACACCACCUUCUUCGGGCUCGCCGCAGACCUCCGAAAGGCAUGCACUUGGAAAAGGAGGACAUUGUUGCUCUCUCAGUGUCCACUGAUUCAGGAGCUGUUAGUCUCAGACAGCUGGACACACAGCUAGUGUCUCUGAAAAGACAGGUUCAAAGUAUCAAGCAAACCAACAGUGUUCUCAAGCACAACUUGGGUGAUGGAAUUGAAGGCUUGAGACCAUCAGAGCCCACCCAAAAAAACAACUCUCGCUGGACAACAGAGGAGCAACUCCUGGCUGUUCAAGCUGUCAGGCGAUAUGGUAAAGACUUUGCAGCCGUAGCGGACGUGAUUGGCAACAAGACUGUGGCGCAGGUCAGCUCAUUCUUUGUCAGCUACCGGAGACGCUUCAAUCUUGAGGAGGUGCUCCGUGAAUGGCAGGCAGAACAGGAAGUGGUGCAAGGGAGCAGCGGGAGGACCGUGAACAUGGAGCUGAACGGGUUAGCAGGAGCGGAAGACGAUGAGGUGAAGAUGGAUGGCAUCUCUCUACCUCAUUCUGACAGUCCUCUGUCCUCUUCUGAUGUUAGUGUGACUGAGAACUCCAACUCUGCCCAGUCCUCCCCACCCCUCACUCAACCUCCACCCUUACUGCGCCCUGCACCCCCCUCAGCACCCCCUAGCCUGCUGCGCCAGCCUCCCCCGCUACAGACGCGACCUCUACAAAACCGGACGCCCCACAAUCACCCUCCCCCUCCGCUCAUCAGACCCGCAGUGGCGUCCUCGCUCCACCAGGGGGCGCUGAGGAACUCUCUAAGUUCCUCCUCUGCCUCUGCUGGACAGCUGCCACCCUCACUGGUGGGGCUGAAGGUGGAAUCCCCGCAGUCACACUGAUCGCCAUGCAGUAUUUGCCCUUUUAUAAUGGUUUAAGACACUCAAAUAGUCAUUUAACAGAGAAUUUGUUCUCAAGUCAGUAUAAAGGGGCAGUGUGUAGUAAUGCCUCUCAAGAGAUAGGGGGGAAAAAACCGAGGUGAACUGGAAGCAAAGCUGGACAUGCAC